AUGACCAUGCUGAUGUUCAAUACAUUUUUGAGAACUGUGGUGAUGGUAACGAAUCGCAAGAAAUUCUGUAAAUUAUUGGAGCAUAUCAGGCAGAUGUAUGAGGAGUUGAUGAUGGAACGUGAUGCGGAAAUAUGUCGAAUAAUGGAAGACCAUACGGCGAUGGUUUUGAAAAUAUCGAAAAUAAAUCUCAUCAUGGGCAUGCUGACAACGGUGGGAUUUACAGUGUUUCCCAUCAUUUCGGAGGAGAGGGCAAUGUUUAUAUCGUAUUUCAUGUUUGCAAUAGCCAUUUCAAAGGUUCUACAGUAUAAGCUGAGUAGAACUUGUACGGAGGUUUCUUCGAAAAUUGUUGAGGGGAAAAUUGUCGAGUGCAUUAAGUUGCAUUUGAGAUUAAUAAGUUUCAUUGAACAAAUCAAUGAGUUGUGUGGUUUUAUUGCCCUGAUGGACUUUUUGUUAUUUGUUAUUGUGCUGUGCAUUAUGCUCUUGUCAUUUGUCUUGGUUAAAACUGUAACCCAAAAAUGCAUUAUAACAGUUUAUAUCACCAUGGUGUUUACCCAAGCUUUUCUGUUAUACUACUUUUCCAAUGAGGUGUUCUAUGAAAGCUUGGAGAUUUCAACGGCCGCUUAUGAUAUCAACUGGUUUGAUUACGACGUACAUACGCAAGAGGUCUUGAAGUUGUUGCUCUUGAGAUCCCAGAAACCAUGUGCAAUUUUAAUUGUCAAAUCGUAUCCAGUUAAUUUGCGAAGGCUACAGGUACUGAUAAAGAUUACCUACAGCGUUUUUACUUUGUUGGAAAAAGUUUAUGGUUAA